UCUGUGAUAGCACAAGCUCAGUCCAUGCUCUUAUGGUCAGAGAAACUGGUCUGACUGAACCACCUUUGCCAUAAUGUCUCCACAGGAAGUUCACCUUAGUGCCAAGGUGUAGGUAAGGAGGAAGAGGCCAGAGAAAGCACCUGUGCACAAGGAUUAGGAUUAAGGAUGGUAUGGACCUGUUGCCUACAGAAACCGCCGUGCUCUUCCCAGAGUGGAUUUAUGUGGAAUUCUUCUACAUGAUAAUCUGUUAGUAGUGGCUGUGUAGUGUAUCAUUAUGAAUCACAAAGCUACAAAGGCAAGAAGUGGGGAUAGUUACCUGAGUAUAAAGGAUUCGGAAUCCCUUGACAACUGUAUCCAGAGCACGCUUUCAGCUCUCUAUCCUCCGUUUGAUACCACUGCAGCCACUGUACUAUGGCAACUCUUCAGUGUGGUUGAAAAAGUGUAUCGUGGUGAUGGUCUGCGCUGUCUGAUUGAUUUCCUAGUCCCAGCUAAGAAGCUGCUACAGUACGUUCAACAAGAAACUUGUGCUCGCUAUACUGGCUUUAUUUUCUACCAUGAAGGCUGGCCAUUGUGUAUUCAUGAAAAAGUGGUGGUACAGUUAACAUCCCUCCACAGAGUUCGCCUCAAACCUGGAGAUUUCUACAUUCAGAUACUGCCAUUGGGGAAGCAGUCAACAAAACUGGUUCUGAAAUUCCUUUCCAGAUGCGGCUAUGGAAUCGAAGAGAUUGCUGUUCCAGAAAACAUGUAUGGAAAUAUCUUCACAGAGGAGUUUUUGGCAGGUGUCAAUCUUGAGAGACAAGGUCCACUACUACAUAAUUGUUUACUAACCACCGGCAGUGUUGUGUACAGAACCCCUUGGAAGAACAUUGUAAAUCCAAUCUUUGUCCCUGUGACUGAAACAAUACUGAAUAAUUAUUCCAGUCACCCUUUUAAUCACCAUUUGGGGCUCAGCAGUAGAACUGAUGAUACAAACAUGACACAGACUAUGGAAAGCAAUCAUUCCCAAGAGAGUACGUCAUCAGAUGAUACUGUAUCAACUGUAAUUUCUACUGCAGCAGCAGCUGGAGAUAACCAAGGAAACUGUGAAGGUGAGAAAUUAGUACCCACAACUCAGUCCUCUGAUAAUCGAGUCAGGCAAGUACCCGCUGAAACAAUAGACAGACAAGAAGGCCACUGUGAUGUCACUGAACCUCAGAGAAUUCCUGAAAAACUUGAAGGAGUACUUUUAAAACCCAGUGAUGCUCUAUUAGAAAAACCCAAAGGUACUCUAGCAUCAACACCAUCACCAAAGACUAAAACGAAAUGUAGCACAAAAACAUUGAGCCUGACUGCUAAUAUGGGUAGCCCCUUCAUGAGGAAAAAGCAAACCAGGGAAUCUGCAUAUUUUGAAACAAGACGUUUGUUUAGAAAGUCAUACAUGGAAGCUUUGCAGAAUCCAAUGCAUCUAGGCUCCAGCUCAGAGGAAUCCAUUGCAGAAGAGGCAGCUGUGGACAGUAAAAAUGACUCCCCCAAAGUUUUCUGUAACUUGAGUAACAAGGCAUCUGAAAAAUUGGAGCAAAGACAGGAUUCUUUUCCUCAUGCACUUAAACUCAAAGGAGAAAGGGAUAAAAUGACAAUUGAUACUAUGAGCCAGUCUUCUACAGAACUGAUGUCACUUCAGCGAUCUUCUCCAGUAAUGUGUAGUAGAACUAAUCCCAGGAGAUCGAAGUCUUUAGAUAGACUUCACAAAAAUUCACAGAAUAAAAGUCUCAGAGGGAGGACAUCAGCUUCUGAUACUUUAAACCGAAAUACUAAAAAGCAUUUAAAUGGGCAUAUUAUAAAAUCUGGUAGGUUAGACUCUGAAACACAUUUACUUAGCUCUCAAAGAAGCCGGGAGCACAGCAAAGAAGAUGCAGAUCUUUUUCAGAAUGGCACAGCAGGAGAGGACUCAGGACCUAACCACCCUGGAGACCAGCUGUGUAAAACCCCCACCAUCUCUGCCACAUUUUCCCAGAAGGAAGCUGAAAUGCAGUCAUUGUGGACAUCAAGCGUGUGCCAACUGUCUUGUGAAUCAGCAGGCAUAAAUCAGGAGUUGUUACAGUCAGGAGCCAUCUGUUUACCAGGUAGCAGGGACCGGGCUGGAAGAGCUGUAAUCCAGAUUUGUGCAAGGCAUGCCAUUUGGACAUGUGAACCUUUCACUAGUACUGAGCUUUUGCAUCUUCUGACAUACUACUGCUCCAUUCCCAGGAGGGAGGUACAGGACCUAGGAGUAAUGGUUCUAGUUGAUGCUCGCAAACAACAGCUCACUUCUACUCUUUUCAAAGCUUUCAACACAAUGCAGAGCAUGGUUCCUAAUCCCAUCCACUGUAUGCUGAUACUAGUAGACAAAGAAACCGCAUUCAGACCUGAAAAAGAUGGCACUGUUCAGUUUGAAGUCUUAACAUCACUGAAGUCUUUGCAUAAGCACAUUGAUUGUGGACAACUGACAUCAGAGUUUGAAGGCACUUUCCGUUAUAACCACAACGAAUGGCUACGAUUCCACAAGAAGUUGGAUCCCUUCACUGUGAGCUGCAAAGAAGCAAUAAUAUUUUUGCAGAAUUCAAUUAACAGUCUAAACCUAGAGAGAAUGCCAGAUUCAGCUCAGGAGGUCCAUGACCUUAUUAGUAGACAUCAAAAUAUGAUGAAACUGGUUCUGGAAGAUGCCCGUUUGGUACGGCUAAGACUAGAAGGGGGAACAAUUCUUGCUCGACUCAGGAAGGAAGAGUUCUGUGAUAAAGAAGACUACAGAGAUGCAUUGGAAACUGUCACUGGACUCUACAACCAGGUUGAUGAAGAAGUUCACAGGCUGGUCCUGUUGUCUAAUAAGUAUCUUCAACAGCUAGAGAAAGCAUUGGAGGAGAUGAAAUUUCAUGAAGGGACAAAGGAGAUGCAGCAGUGGUUUGAUCACAAAAGCAGUAUACAUUUUGGCUCAGUGGAUCAUUUGUCACUUUCUCUGGAGCUUGUGAAGCAGAAACAGCAGGACUUCAAUGAGUUCUAUGAUGCUGCAAUGCUUCGCUGGAGGCAGGGACUGGAACUGCUAAAGGGCACACGAAGCAUUGAUGAAAAAGCCCAGAAAUUCAAACAGUUUCUGACUAAUGUCAUCGGUCAGACAGAAAGAAAGAAAAGUGAAAUAGAUCUGAUGGUCACUUUGUAUGAGUUUUAUGACACGGCAAACGUGUGGAUGUCACACUGCAAUGAUUACCUGAAACAACUGAAUGCAGACAGCGGAAGACCGGUAUUUUCACCAACUGUUCUCCUUUGCCUUAAAGGAUACCAUGAGGAAGCUACAAAGGUUUCUGCAGAAAACUUUUACAAAGUGAAUGCACUGGUGUCCAGUCUUGGGAGUGACAAAGAGAUGAAAAAGUGGAACAUCUUAUGGCUGAAGUGUCAGCAAACUCGUCACCAUUUAGAAGAGACACUCUCUGAGGCAAUUAAGGCUUCUAAAAACAUUCCAGCUUCAGAUAAAUCUCCUGAGAAAAACAAUCAAAGGACCAAUACUGAACCUGAUAUUUUGACAUCAGAGUCUCUUGGGUCAUCCUUGUAUUUAGAUGUGUCUAGAAAAAAUCAUAGUACUGUAUCCUCUCAUCCAGUGUCAAUGAGUUCAGAGUCUGAGCUAAAUUCUUCAUUACACUCUGAAGACGUUUGCCAAAAUGAAGAUGUGUUUACCUUAUUCAGUCCUUCACUGUUACAGGCAUCUCCCCCAACACGAGGCAGGCUUCAGAGGAGUGCCUCUGUUUUUGAGGACACAGACAGCAUUUGUACACUGGGCUCAGCUUCUUGCCACUCAGAACCUAUUUGUUCUUCAGAAACUGUCACACUGAGUUCAGCUUCCUGCCAUUCAGAACCCAGUUGUUCACCAGCAACUGCCCGUCACCGAAAGCAUCCACUGAAAAAAAUAAUGAAGAAAACACAGAGUUUUGAAUUGUCACAUCGCGAAGGAAUGCACAGUGAGGGUCACCGCCAAGGUUAUACUGGAGUUCAUAUAAAAGGACUUGAGGUUGCUAGUAAUGUGUCAGCUGAGAAGAACAGAGUCCAAAGAGUGGAUGUUAAAAGCCCUGUUUUGGUUAGAACCCGUAGUUUGUCUACCCCAUGUCAAACGCACCGCUCAAAGAGUGAAGAGAAAUGGCAUGGCAGUGGAAAACUUUUGCGCAUCAUGGAUGAAAUGAUCACCACAGAACGAGAAUAUGUCCGUUCCCUUGGUUAUGUAAUUGAUAGCUACUUUCCAGAGAUGGAGAGGAUGGACUUGCCCCAAGAUCUCCGUGGGAAGCGCAAUAUCAUAUUUGGAAAUAUGGAAAAACUAUAUGAUUUUCACUGCCAGUAUUUUCUGAAGGAUUUGGAACAUUGUAUGGAUUGCCCUUUGCGUGUUAGCCGUUGCUUUCUUCGACAUGAGGAACAGUUUGGCAUGUAUGCACUGUACAGUAAGAACAAACCACAGUCUGAUGCAUUGCUUGCUUGUCAUGGAAACACCUUCUUCAAAAAUAAACAGCAGGUGUUGGCAGAUAAGAUGGACCUGGCAUCUUACUUACUAAAGCCAAUCCAAAGAAUGAGUAAAUAUGCCCUUCUCCUUAAAGACAUGAUCAAGGAAUGCAGCAAAUCCCAGGAACAAGAACUGCAAGACCUCCAAGCAGCAGAAGAGAUGGUGAAAUUUCAGCUUCGCCAUGGCAAUGACUUACUUGCUAUGGAUGCUAUCAGGGGAUGUGAUGUUAAUCUGAAGGAACAGGGUCAGCUGCGAUGUCAGGAUGAGUUUAUUGUUUGGUGUGGAAGAAGGAAGAACCUCAGGCAUGUUUUUCUCUUUGAAGACCUCAUUCUGUUCAGCAAGACGAAGAAGAUUGAUGGUGGAUAUGACAUUUAUGUUUACAAGCAAUCAUUUAAGACAGCUGAGAUUGGAAUGACAGAAAAUGUUGGAGACAGUGGACUACGUUUUGAGAUCUGGUUUCGAAGGAGGAAGUCUCAAGAUACUUACGUUCUACAAGCCAGUUCCACAGAGAUCAAAGCAGCCUGGACAAGCAUGAUUGGAAAGAUACUGUGGCGACAGGCUCUGCGAAACAGAGAGCUACGAAUGCAAGAGAUGGUGUCCAUGGGGAUAGGCAACAAGCCUUUUAUGGAUAUCAAGCCCAGCGAUGCUGCUAUCAGUGAUCGAGCCGUAGACUACAUUAUGAAGGGAUCAGAAUCAAGAACCCGGGUGUCAAUAGCAGUGUCAUCCUUUGACCAUUCUACUCCUUUUAAGAGACCUCAUUCCACAAUCUCCAACAGCAGCACAUCGUCUUCAAGCAGUCAAUCCUCAUCAUCAGUCCUUGGUUCUCUCAACUUGCACGUCUGUUCAAGCCCACCUUUCAACCAAUGGUCCUAUGACAUUGGGACAUGCUAUGAAGAGGAUGAGCUGGAACAGGAGACUGGCAGCCAGCCUUCAAUGAUAACAGAAAGCUCAGAAUCGUCUCAGGGGGAGAGUGUCAGUGGAUUUAGCAGUCCAGCACACAGCUGUCGUUCUCAGCUUCCUUCAGAAACCUUGUCUGAUGAUGGAAACUCUAAUACAGACUCAAAACCUUCUUCACAGUGCACAUCUCCAGCCCUGUCUCACAAAGCUUCUGAACCAACACAGGAGAGUAACCUCUAUGUUACUGCAAACCAAUCCUCUAAUACUUUAGGCCUCUCAACAAUGGUUUGACUGGGGAAUCAUUUAUCAGUAAGUAACUGUGAAUGGAAAUAUUGUGAAAAGAUUUUCAAAACCUGCUGGGUCUUCUACCAUUCCAGAAUCAAUCGAUGAAGCAUUGUGGCUCUUUGUUUUAGGUGCAGCUGUGUGACAUACUUACAGAGGCUUCACAUCACACUGGCAAUAUGUUCCUCACAACUAGGAGCUGAAUCCUUCUGGUAGUUAAGAGACAUAAUGAAAUGUUGUCCUGGGUGGGGCUUCUCCCACUUUUUAACUUGUGUAAGAGGUGCUAUUUUAGCAUUUAUUAACCAUGUAAAUAUCAGAGGCAUCAUCUGUUACUGUAUUUUGUGCAAUCCUGUAUAUCUAGAGAAUAGUUUUAUAAUAUAGUGACUAAUGUUUGUAAAAAGAAAGUAUUUGCAACUACUUAAAUAUAUGUAAAUAUUAAUUUUAUUUCAUGCAAGCAUAGAUGUACCAUGUCAGACUCAUAUGUGUUUGUGUUUUGUUUACUCUGCCUGUCUGUAAGUAAUGUGUCAUCAUAUGACUGCUUCAUAGGAACAGACAUAAUAGGAUGGAAUGCUUCACUGUUAAAAAAACUAAGCUAGCAAACAGACUAGUGAAGUGAUCGGUUGAAUGGGACCAUGUGACUGACAAAUAACUACUGUAAGAGUCUUCAGGUUCACACAACUGCACUUUGUGGAACUGUUUGUCAUUGAAAAUAAAAAAUAAACAACCUGUUUCUUAAUAACAGAAGGGUACCAAAUGAAGUUAUGAAAUUACCACUGUUUGUUGAACAAACAAGAAGCCAAGACAUGACUUUUUUUUUUUCAUUGAGAUGCCAACAUUGGUCUUGAUGGCAAAUUAGACACCAGGCUGCAGUGCCUGCAGGAUAACAAAUAUGUUUCUGUGAAGUUGUUUACGAAAGCCAGUAAUGUAUUUUUUUUUCUAUUAGUAAUGGCAGCCACACUGAGCUGGUCCAUAUUUGUUUCAAACAGUUGUACUGUAUAUAAAACACUUAUUUUCAGAAAAAAAAUAAAAGAACUGUCUGUUCUGGCUGCAGAUUA